GGCAAUUCGACUCGGAUGCGUCGGCUAGCGUCGUUGCGGAAUCGCGUGCAGCCGCUUUUGUUGGAGCUGCACGACCACCUCGUCGUGCCCCGUGACGUCCGGGGUACCGAGAGCGACGCGACGGAGCGCGCCCUCGCGUACCUCGGGCGCCCCAAGAGAUGUGUGAGUCGCUUCUGGUCUGAGAAGGCGCGGCUGCUUCUGGAUGCACUCCAGAUCUACGGCCUUGUGUGGCAGCUGGCCCAGUCGUGGCCGUGGCCGUCGGCGUGGCUAUCGUCGACCCGCUGGACUGCAGCGUUCAACCUCGAUGUGCUGAGUUUCCUCUCCACGGGUGCUGGCCUGGGCAUGAAGGCGCCGCCCUUCUCUCUCUGGGGCGAACUCCGCGGGUCCUACUGGCUGUACGCACUGGUGUACGCACUCUUGCCGUGGGCAGCAGUGCUCUACUACAAAGCGCGAGCUCGGCACUGGCGGGUUCGCGGUGACGCGCGCUUCCUCGUCUUUGCCGCCCGUCUCGAGAACCGGCUACUGGGGCUGUUUCAAUUCCUGUACCUUCCGAUCGCGCUCGCCCUCAGUCGUCUCGUCAACUGCACGGUGGUGCCCAACCCUCUCGACGCGUACGCCUCGGACGUGGUGCUCAGUGUGGACCCGACGAUCUCGUGCCAUAGUCCACUUCACAUCACCUUGGGCGUUGGGAUUGGCGGUGUCGUAGGGCUGCCAUUCCUCCUCGGCUUUCCGUGGCUAUUACAUCGGCGGAUCCACUGCGCUGGAGUCGCGUGCAGCCAAGACGCCCACGAAGAAAUUGUCUCGGCCAUCGAGUUGAGCUACCUUGUCGGUAUCUCGGACGACUAUGAUCUCUUGUACGUGCCGCAGUACGCAUCGUACACGAGGCGACACGCCAACCUGCCCGUGUAUCGGUGUCUCUAUAAGCUCAGUCUUCUUCUUAUUUGCACGCUGCUGCGAUCGCAGUUUCCAAACAUUGAGAACCAGCCACUGCAAGGCACGCUUUUCUUUGCUCUACUGGCGCUGCGCUUCCUCUUCCAAUGCUACGACUACCCGUACCGCCUCUCGUCGACCAACCAUUGUAUGGUGUUUUUAAACCUGGUACUGGUGUUUGACGGGGUCAUGGUGUUCUUGUCGGCCAACAAUGUUCGAAGCGCGCUCACGGUCGCGUCGGUCAAGGUGCUCUGCCUCACCUUUGUCCAUACAUGGGCCAUCGUCGUGCUGAGUGUGUGGGGCGUCCUUGUCUUCCUCGCAUGGCGGCGCAUGCAGCUGACGUGGCCGACCCAUCGUCGCAUGAAAGCGCUGGUGGCGCACGCCCCUACUGUACGGGCGUGGGUCGAGACGGUCCAAGCGGCGCAGGAAUUACUUCACAAGGACUAUGCGUCCCCGACAUUGGUCAAGCCCACAGUCGAGCUCGGCGACAUGGUAACAGCGCUGCAAGCCCACGCCUCGGAAGCGUUGCGCUUGCGCCACCUCUUGCAUCGCCCUUUGCACGACCUAGCGCUGCACGUGCAAGCUGCGUACAUUGAGUCGGCGGCCACGUCGGCGAUGCCGUCGUCGCUCCUCGACAGCUGCGUCGACAGCUUGGCCGCAGAGCUCGAGCGAUACCAGGAAAAACAUGCGCUUUUGCACCCCCGCAAGCGAGAUGCGCUCUUCAAGCUGCGCGUGCUUCACACCCUUGUCGACGAGCACAGCGGCAAGCACGACAAGGUGGCAUCGUUCUCUGCACCAAGGAUACGCCGCGCUCCUGUCGAUGACGUCCUCGUCGCCAUGGACCCGGCACUCUACGUCUGGUCCACCUGGGACCCGUCGACGUUGCUCCUCGCUCCCAACUGCGGCGCGCCAGCGCCGAACCUUCUCUCGGUGCGGUGGUACCUGGCGCUAUACCACACAAACCUUCGCAUGGGUUAUGUCGCGACGGUCACGGCCAUCGAUGUGGUGACGCUCUGGGUCCAUCUCGACGUUCUUCUUUGCUUUGAGAAUGCAGAGCCUUGUGUUCGCAGUGGCUGGCUACGCUUGGCCGACAUGUCCUCGGACGUCCAUGCGCACCUUCUGCAAUGCAACGACCCCGAUACCCUCCACGUCUUUGCGACUCUACCGCACGCCCCGACGCCACGUGUCAUCUCGGUGCCCCGCCUGCAAUCGCUGUUGGAUCGCUCGGCCGAGAUCACAUCCGACCUUGUCGCGGACUGGCAAGAUGUCUUGUAUGAGUGGGAGGUGGCCUUUGUGUAUUUUGAGAAGCGGCGGCCGUCGAGCUUGGACCGGCGCAAAAUUCAAGCGUGGUUUCGGGCCUACCACGCUGCGCGGUGUGUCAGCACGACGAGUGCUUUCUGAGCCACAAGUGAUCGCCCCCAAUAAGCAACCAGCCAUUUGGGUAAGCAGUUUGACGCCGCAUAGGGCAGCCUCCCUUGCGAUACUUUAUCAACGAUGAUUGUUUGUUCUUGCAA